AUGGAAAUGCAUAUCAAAUAUCAAUUUCAACACGCUGCUGCAAAGUUGACACAUGGCAGUUGCGGUCAUCUACUUCAAGAGCUUCAAAGGCAAAUCCGAGGGCAAAUCCUUCUAAUGCUGGUAGCCAAAACCAGCCAGGGGAUCGAAAAGAAUAUUUCGCGAAAAGAUAUGCGUCGAAAGUGUUUGUGAAUGAUGCUAUUGGUCGGUGGAAUGAUUUAAAAACCGAAGCUGGAGUCAAAAGUGACGAGGAGUUCGCGAACACUCUGCUAAGCUUGUUCGAAACAUCAAGACGGAUUCAAUUGAGGUAAGCACAUAACAGUACAUUAAACACAUAUCCCUGGAUAUAUUCAUGUUGUUAAAUUUGCUCAUUACAAAACUUAUUGUGAACUUUUAGCACUGCUGAAACCCAGACAGAUCAACAGCCAGACGAAACAAUGCAGCCAUUGUGUACAUCCAGCCAUGCAACAAGUACCGCCUCAGAAUCUCGGGAACACUAGACCAUGUAAGUUAUAUAAUUGUGUUAAGAUAAUCAUUUAAUAGUGCGUAAAUAAAUAAUUAUAUAUUAGAGUUUCGUUAGCGUUGCUCAUUUGAAGUUAUACUAUAUUUUUGUCAAGUUUCCUCAUCUACACCAGCUGGCCAUUCUUCAGAUGUGUCAGUAACUCGGAGAGGCCUGAUAGCUGAUAUCUCCCCCAUAACUGGAAAGUCACCAAGGUUUGUAUCAAGGUUCUCCUUAUCAAGCAGUAUAAACAGGUAAAAUUUACCGUUUCCACAACCAGUUAUUACCGCCUAGGAAAGUCUAAAGUUUGUGUACAUUUGUUUAGAAAUAAUUAGUUAUAUUAUUUUCUACCCUCAACACGAAAGAGAUGCCAUUUCAAAGACUCUAGAUUUCCUCCUAGAAAUUUGUGACAUGAUGCUUACAUGUUCAAAAACCUGUUUUACCUGCCCUGCACACAACUGGAGAACCAUGUUAAAAGGACAUGAGUUGUAUAAGGAUAUUUUGAUAAAUAUAAGAGUUGAAAUAUAAGAUAUGAGUUGUAUAAGGAUAUUUUUUCUAUAUUUAUAUUGAAAACAGUGGGCCCCCACUGUAAUUGGUGUUAAGCUGUUGUGGUGUCCCAGCUUCUUUAAUACAAUUAUUGUAUGAUGUUUGGAAGCGAAGCACAAUAAAUAAAUAAAUGUCAUCAUAUAAAUUAUAUGAUCAAAUUUAUCAAAAUAUCCUUGUAUGACUCAUGUCCUUAUUUAUGAUUAUGUAUUAAUACCAGGCUUGUUUAUGAUGACACAAUUACCGCCAGCGAAGGGGACAGUGACGAGGACAGUGAGACCAUCACAAUUGGCAACAUAUCUUCUUUAUCUCAGUUACAUGGAUCACACGAGUAA